AAAAAAGCGACAUUUUCUCGAGCAGUUCCUCCUCCUUAUCCUCGUCUGAGCAGGAAGACAAGCCUCAUGUUCAGUUAACAUGGGGUUUCGAUCGGAUGGCGCACAUUCCCCACGUCGAGGAAAGAGUAGUGACGCAUCCACAUCACAAAGCAACAUCUGCAUCUACUGCAUCAAAGCCGAGUGCUACCGCAAAACCUGGAGCAAUGGUGGCCCCUCCCGUAGUGUCGAAAUGCGACGCUUCAUCAAAAGCUCCUGCAGUGAAGCCUGGCACUAAUACAGCUGUUGUAAAGUCACC